UAUUUGUUACCAUGGUGAUGGGAUACACGCACACCGGUAUGCGACGCCUGCAUGACAAGGUUGUCUAUGGGGAAUGACGCAACCGGAAAUGAGUCUCCGUGAGAUGCGGGGACGCUGCACGUGUGGUGAUACUCUGUUUGUAUAAAGGAUGGAUUGCUACUCACUAUGUACAGUGCUCCUGGUGCUUCUCAUUACCUGCUUGUUGGCUAAAUACAGAAUGAUGAUGUUGGAAAAAGCCAAACUUCCCCCUGGACCAACUCCUCUUCCCAUCAUUGGAACCCUAUACAAGAUGAACAUCAGUAAUAUUGUGCAUUCACUACUGGAGUUGCAAAAAACCUAUGGAGACAUAUUUACUAUAUAUCAAGGGAACCGUCCUUGUGUUGUUCUGUGCGGAUAUAAAGCUAUAAAGGAGACGCUGAUUGACAAGGCAGAAGAAUUCAGUGGACGGGCUUAUUACCCUUCAUUCUAUGACUUUACCAAGGGAGAUGAUAUGACAUUCAGUAAUGGAGAGAAGUGGAAGGAGCUGAGACAUUUUACCCUUUUAACACUGAGUAAUUUUGGGAUGGGGAAACGUAGCAUUGAGGAGCGGAUAAAGGAGGAGGCCGGGUAUCUCAUUGAUGUUCUCAGAAAAACAAAUGUGCUCCUGGUGCUUCUCAUUACCUGCUUGUUGGCUAAAUACAGAAUGAUGAUGUUGGAAAAAGCCAAACUUCCCCCUGGACCAACUCCUCUUCCCAUCAUUGGAACCCUAUACAAGAUGAACAUCAGUAAUAUUGUGCAUUCACUACUGGAGUUGCAAAAAACCUAUGGAGACAUGUUUACUAUAUAUCAAGGGAACCGUCCUUGUGUUGUUCUGUGCGGAUAUAAAGCUAUAAAGGAGACGCUGAUUGACAAGGCAGAAGAAUUCAGUGGACGGGCUUAUUACCCUUCAUUCUAUGACUUUACCAAGGGAGAUGAUAUGACAUUCAGUAAUGGAGAGAAGUGGAAGGAGCUGAGACAUUUUACCCUUUUAACACUGAGUAAUUUUGGGAUGGGGAAACGUAGCAUUGAGGAGCGGAUAAAGGAGGAGGCCGGGUAUCUCAUUGAUGUUCUCAGAAAAACAAAUGGUUCCCUCAUAGAUCCCAAAAAUCAAUUACACUGCUCUGUGUCUAACGUCAUCUGCUCUGUCCUGUUUGGGAAAAGGUUUGAUUACCAGGAUGAAGAAUUCCAAAAUAUUAUGCAUUGCAUCCAGGACAGCAUCAGAAUCAUGAGUAAUCCUUGGGGGCUGUUAUACAACACCUAUCCAGAGUUCAUGAAGUACAUACCAGGACCUCAUAUGCAAAUUAUGAAGAAUUUUACUUCCGUAACAGACUACAUCAAGAAAAGAGUGGAAAACAAUAUGAAGACUUUGGACAUUAAUAACCCCAGGGAUUUUAUAGAUUGUUUCUUGAUCAAAAUAGAGAAGGAAGAGAAGACCAAUGGCAGCUACUAUAACCAUAAAGCAUUGUUGAUGAACACCAUGACCUUGAUUGUUGGUGGAACUGAAACAGUAGCCAAUACACUGUGUUACAUCUUUUUACUUCUCUUGAAACACCCCAAUGUAGCAGAGAAGGUCUAUCAUGAGAUAGAUGAUGUCAUUGGUUGCCGUUCUCCAAAUUAUGAGGACAGACAUAAUAUGCCUUAUACUGAAGCAUUUAUACAUGAGGUUCAGAGAUAUGCUAAUGUAGCUCCACUAGGUCUUCCACAUGAGCUGAUCAUGGACACUAAGAUUCGUAAUUAUACAUUCCGUGAGGGAACCAUGUUCCUCACACUACUGGCAGGUGUACACUUUGACAAGACCCAGUUCAAUAACCCAGAGGAUUUUAACCCAAACAAUUUCCUGGACGAACAUGGGAAGUUUAAGAACAACAAUGCGCUGAUGCCAUUUUCAGCAGGCAAGAGAAUUUGUCCUGGAAUGAGCCUGGCCAAUAUGGAAAUUUUCCUGUAUGUCACUACAAUGCUUCAGAACUUUACUAUCAAGUCAAUGGUGCCCCUUGAAGAGAUCUCAAUUGCUCCAGUGGGAGUGGGGAUAGUACAGAUCCCUCCCAACUAUGAAAUUUACCUCUUACCUCGUUAAUUUUCCCAAUAAUAAAUUAAUCAUUUUGUUUGAGAAAGUGGCCCAUGCUCUGCAAAACGUAAUCGACGGAAUGGGGUAGGAGCAGAAAAGUAGUACAUUAUCUGUUAGUUUUCUUGAAGGGAGUAUUGUAUGCAAAUUUUAGUUGGCUUCUUGGCUUGGCCAGAGGAAAGAAUUAUGAUAUUGCAACUAUUGCAAUGUAUAUUCUUAAUUUACUUUUGGAAAAUCCGUAGCCUGUCAAGGCAUGUAUGACAUAAUUUAGUUGGACCUAUAUCUGUACAAAGGUAAGAGUAGCAAUAAGCGCAGUUUAAUUUUAUUUUUAUUUUAUUUUUGGAAUGGAAGUUUGUUUACCAUAAAAUUGAAAACAUUCUAUAUAAUUGCGCAUUUAUCUUUUAUUUAUUUUUUCAUCUGUUAUUUCUUUUUACUACAGUAUAUCUCUUUGUUAUAGCAGUGGAAGUAAAUAAUAUUAAUUGUCAAAAAUGUUACUAAGUAAUAAAAAUAGAAGUACAUUUUAUCAGAAUAACAAUGUAAUCAUGUUUCAUUUGAAUAAAGUUAUGCAUUAAAUUCCAAUAUCUCAAGUAUUUAAACAGUAUAAGGAGAGGGUAUGAUACAUGAUGGGGAGGGGAAGGGAACAGGAUUACUGUACAUUGGAAAAGUAGUAUCCAAUAAGAUAAAGGACCACAUGUACUGUAUUAAGCCUUAACAAGAAAUAAAGUGGACAUGCAUAAAGAGUGAUAUAUGGCCAGCCAAUCAGCUCCCAACUGUCAUUUUUCAAACACAGCCUGUGACAUGGCAGAAAGGAAGCUGAUUGGCUGGUCGUUAAUCACUCUUUAUCCAUCUCCACUUUAUCUCUUGUUAAGGAUUAAUGCAUUUGGGCCAAAAUGUACAAAUGUACAUUUUGAAAUGUAAAAUAUACUGUACGGUACUAGUUAUUGGAGAUUUGCUCGAUUAUAACCAGUGCUUUCAAAUCUUGUGAAAUGUCCAGAUAGCAUUGCCUACCACUGGCAUGAAACAGGACUGGACAGUUUUUUUAAUUGUUCAGUCAUCUUCCUACUGUAGGAUUCAUGAGCCUGGGGGUAAAUUUACUAUGCAUCAUGUUUGUGUUUUCCUGCAAUUUUACAUCAGAUUUGCAUCUGUUUUACAUCAGAUUACUACAGCAGAGGCAAAUAUCAUAUACAUUUGCAGGAACAAUCCAUCUCUAAAUGACAAUAGAUUAUCAGACCAACUAUUCAUGAUUGUUGUGAUAGAAGAAUAGAUAACUCCCGGGUUUAGAAUCCGUGGCAAAGCUGAUGGCAAACCAACCCAAAUAAAAGACCUGUGUCGGGUGGCCCCCAAACAAGGAAGCCAAUACUGGGAUCCUGCUCAAAAAUGGGUGUGUGGCUUCACAGGUAGAGAUGUGAUCUGGUGCCAUAUGCCCCACCCAUUUUGGGGGGUGUCCAGCACACCCAGAGAUACUGGUUUAACCCAGGCUCUCCUCACACUCUAAACAGAUGGCAUGCUCCUGGGCAUACCCCCCUGAGCAAAAAAUGGGUGAGUAGCGUGCUGCAAGGCAAUCCCUCUACUCACAAUGGUCUGCCCCACUAACCAUGAAGCUUCUCCACCUCCAAAAUCAUUAACCAGUCCUGUGUUUCUGAGCCUAGGUUGGUAUUGGAAAAUAACCAGCACUUGGCUGGACUAUCUGGGACAACUGAUAGCAUAGGGUCCCACUGCCAUAAUGGAAACCAGCUCCAAACUGGUUAAGCCAUGGUUGCAAUCCCUAGGGAAGUGGGAGCUGCCCAAACAAUGGAGUGUCCUCCCUACUCCCCAAUGGCAACCUGCCCUGGGCUUUCAGCUCAGAGCUUUUCUUGGCACACCCGUGUCUUUGGGUGCAAAGGCAAUAGUGUCAUUAAAAGGUUAAAUAAUAUUGUUCUUUAUAGUUAGACUAUUGGUGCCAGCAAGGCUGCCUGGGCAUGAUGGCACUAGUCAAACUGUGGGUGAGGGAAGCACCUCCUCCAAAGAUGUGUAGCAGUGUCCUGAUUGACUGUAUACAGAACUUUAAUGUAUUUCUGUACACUUAUAAUUUUUUCAGAGGUUGGUCUCCUGUGUGGGACGCUGCUACACAUCUUCAGAUGAGGCACUUGAUUACACCUACCACUACUGAAUUAUUGUAGAGUUGGAAGGCUGUAGAAUAGGAAAGCUGCAGGAGCAUUGAACAUCACACACCCCUUACAUUGUGGCUACAGCACCUUCUGAGAACAACCAAGCACCCAAGGACAACACCCCUAAUGCUACAGUUUAUGCUAAAUCAGCAUACUGUAGAUACAGGAAGCCAGGGGAGCUCCAAACACUGCACUCAUCUUGGCGGUGAAGGAAAGGAACCACGAGAAUAUGACUUUGUUAGGCUUUUAGACUGAAUACCACACACUGUUGACAUCCACCCUCCACCCUCCCAUUAUCGGUCCCUACAGCCUAAUAAUGCCCUUCUAUUUAGUACAGUGGCACAUAUUCCCACAGGCCUGCUACCAACUUUAAGUGGACACAAAUGUUUUUUUACUAUAGAUUUUUUCAAGUAUCAAGUGUGUUUUCUAUGAUUAUCUAUAAUUUUUAAUGGAUUUAUUACCAAAGACAAUCACAAGUAUAUAUUUCUGUGUAGAAUCAUUUAUAUUUUACCAUGUUUGUAUUUAUUUAUUUUCUUUUAUGUAUUGACUG